AUGCAGCCACCCAUCAAGGACCAAGCCGAAGCCUUCAACCACGUCCUCUUUCGCCUCCUCUCCGACGUAUCGACCCAAGGCCUCACCCCAGAGCAGGUGCGCCAGUCGGUGCCGCUCGAGGUGUCCGAGGCCGUACCCGCAGGCAGAGGUCUCGUCUUCACGGAGGAUAUCCGCCCAGGACAGCUCCUCCUCUCCCUCCCUCCACGCUCGCUCCUCCAUCCCAACACUCUCGCGCCCUACCUCCCUCGCGACCUCAUCCCUUCCAAGCAGCAGACCUGCGCAACCAAUGCAGGCGACAGCCCUCCAAAGCUCUCAACCCCGCAGGCGAUAUCCCUCGUGCUUCAGAAGUGGCACAUCAGGAAGCGCGUCCAAGCUGCCACGCCUUUAUCAGGCUCCGACGACGGGCCCGAGGCGAGCUUCCUGAACCACUUCGCUGCGACCCUGCCACGGCGCUUCGACACCGUCCCCCUGUUCUGGCUCAUCUACACCAGGCUGCCAACAUCAGCAGAACCAGACGAUGGCGCACUCUCACUCGGACUCGGGGACGCGCCCAACCUGAUAGGCCGCAGGCUACAAUUUUACGAAGAGCUGCUCAAGGCGCUCCCCCGGCAGAGUCGAAGGCUGCUCGAUCGCGUAGUCGAGCGCUUCGACAGAGACUUCAGGCGGAUCGAGGAGGUGCAUCAUCAAGAUCCAUCCAUCCUGGCGCUCCCUGACCACCUGACCAAAACGACAGGCCACAGCAUACGCCUGGCCGAGUUCCUCUGGGCUUGGCUCUGCGUCAAUUCCCGCUGCAUCUUCUUCCCGCUCGGCCUGCAAGCCCACUCGGACAACUUCACCCUUGCGCCCUUCCUGGAUAUGGCCAACCACACCUCGCAACCCUCGCUCGAGUGCCGGGUGCAGUUCAACCCCGCGGGGGGCCUGGAGCUGUACGCCCCGCCCCCCUCUGCGCGCCCUCUUCACCUCGGCCGCAAGGGCAUGCGCAAGGGCGACGAGUGCCUCAUCACCUAUGGCGCCCACUCCAACGCCUCGCUGCUGUCCGAGUACGGCUUCGUCCUGCCCGGGGUCUGCCCUUCCGACGAGGAGGAUGCACGGCCUCGCGAGGACGAGGGUGCCGCUUCCGACGGGGCGACGUGGAAGGGCAAUCGGUACUGCGAAGUCAGCGUCGACGCAGAGGUCGAACGGCUCUUUGACGAGCAGGGCGAGGCCGGACAGCGCAAGAUGGAGCUGCUCCAGGACCGCGGCUACUGGGGCGACUACACGCUGCAUCCCCAUCCAGCGCCAGCGCAUCCCUCCCACCGACUCGUUCCCGCGCUGCGCCUGCUCGCGCUUCGGCUGCCGAAAGCUGCCGUCGCGAGCCCGGUGGUGACGCCUGCUCUCGAGGGCAAGCACAUAGACAAGACCCGCAGGCUCGACAAGGAAAGAGGCGCCGCGGCCGCCAAGGUCUCGUCGCACGCUCCGGAUCGGUCAAAGACUGGAGGCAAACGCCAAGCGAAGCUGCUCAGCUACACGCCGCAGACUGAUGCGGAAGGGGAGCGGCUGCUCGCCAACUGGGAAGCGACGCUGACGGGACACGAGGAGACCGUCUCGCCGCAGAACGAGGCGGACGCGCACGAGCUCCUCGUCACGCUCUGCGACCGACUCGCCCGCGCGUACCGCGAGCAUACCGAGGCGAUCGACGAGGCCGAGCGCGUCCUCACCAAGGUGCUUCCGGCAACACCGAUCCUGACGUUGCAGGACGAGGACCGACCAAAGCUCGAGCGCGAUCUGCAGGGGUGCAGGACCUCGCUCGAGUUCGUGCGGCAGCUCGUCGAGGAAGAGCUGCAGAUCACCCACCUGGUCAGACGGCAGGCCGAAGCGCAGACGGAGUGGUAG